AUGAGAGCAGCACAACUUCUUCUGUCGAUAUUAGUGCAACUAUGUUUGUACCCCACCUGGCUUGUGCUGGCCAAGGAAGUCUUCACAGGCAAAGCCACGACGUACGGCCUCGAAUCAGCCCUCGGAGGGAGUUGUAGCGCGCGUAUGGCACCGUACGGCCUCAAUUCCUCGCUUUUCGUGGCGAUGAACUAUGAUCAGUAUUACGAGUCGUCCAGCUGCAGUCGCUGCUUGUCCAUCACAGGCGAAAGCGGCACAGUCACGGCCUUUGUGGCAGACCUGUGCUACGAAUGCGGCCACGGCAAUCUCGAUCUGAACACAGCGUUGUGGUACACCGUGGUAGGAGGAGACCCGCGCAUCUCCGAGAUCUCGUGGCAUUUUACGCCUUGCCCGGACGAACAAGAGACUUUCUGCUGGAAGGAAGGCAGCAACCCACAGUGGUUCGCAUUGCAGGUGCCAAACUCGCGCGACGGCAUCAAAUUGAUGGAAAUUAAUGGCGUGGAAGGCGAAGUUAUCGGAGUAACUUCCUUUUACCAAGUUUCACCAUCUGAAGCCAUUGACAUGGAGAAUGUCAACGUGAAAAUCACGUCUAACCAGGGAAUCACGUCCAAAGCAACGCUAAAAUCCUCCGACUUCAGUGACUGCCCCAUGACAGAUGACUCCACGAGCUCGAAAGCCGGAACCAGUGGUGGCGCCACCACGACGGUGAUUACCGACAUUACAGGUGCAACUGCACACUACACGGCUUGGCAAGCUUAUAAGCGACGAAGAAUGAAGUUUUACUAG